AUGUCGGUUAUAACGAAAGGGUUUGAACCAGUGUUUCCAACUACGGAAAAUUCCAUUUCGGAGGAGCAACCGAUAGGACGCAGUGGACAUUCUAUGGUAGCAGAUGACGCUAAUUUGUACAUUUUCGGAGGGUACACGCCCUUCAGAGACGGCGAACAAGAUUUUGACAUUGCGGACAAACCUCGAGUGUUAGUGGAACUUUGGAAAUUUAAUUUCGCGACUAGAAAAUGGAUGAAAUUGGAAUCAGAGGGAAUUCCAGACACUUGUGCCUCCAGUUGCUUGGUUUUACAGGGCAAGAAGUUAAUAGUGUAUGGGGGGACGGGAUACCCUUUUGGACAAAUGAUGAGCAGCUCCCUGAAAGUCUGUGACUGUCGCCAUGUGAAUAAAUCAGGCUCAGGAAGCUAUUGGUACCUCAUUGAAUCGAACCCUAAUGUGUAUAACUGUUUGGACAGUGGGGACAAUAUGCCAAGACGAGCCUACGGACAGAGUCUGAUAUUCCAUGACAAUAAUAUCUAUACCUUUGGGGGUGCCAUCGGGUUCUUUGAAGAGGCAUUGGCUGAUCUCCAUAAACUAGAUGUUCAUACUAAAAUCUGGGAGAGGCUGGCCCCUACAGGGAAUGCCCCGAUCGGAAGAUAUAAACAAGAGGUUGCUUUCGAUGAUGAAAGAUUUUAUUUAUUUGGUGGAGGAAGGUUAAACUAUUCUGAAACUCUAGCUAUUGUCUACGCUUACCAUUUUGAUAAAAAUCGUUGGGAUGCCGUUCCAACAAAACCUGAUGUGAAUUUCGGGUAUCCUAGAUCUCGGUGCAGUUUUGGAUUGGUACAAGUGGAAUCGACUGUUUAUAUCACCGGAGGCAGAACGUACAGUUACAGUACUUAUCCAGAAUCAUUAGACGAUGUUUGGGCCAUAUCGUUAGUUAGUUUACAAUGGCGGAAACUAGGAGUGACUUUACCGGAGCCUCUUUAUUUUCACCGUGCCACCAUGUCUCCUGCGGGAUAUAUGUAUGUUUAUGGAGGCGUAACCAAAGAUGGGGAACGUUCUGAUAGAAUUUAUAAAUGGCGUCCACCGUUUCAUAUUCCUGCCUUGUCUGAACUGUGUUGGGAUUCCGUCACCAAACACUUCCAAUCUAUUGAUAAAGAAACGGAAAUUUAUUUAGAAACAUUUUAUGGAAUUCCUAACAGAUUUACUGAAAGACUUUCAUAG